CACAACCCGUCUGCGCAUCUGCGGGCGGGAAGGCUUCUAGUUCUGCCGGAUGUGUGGCGCGGGUGGCUAUGGCUACUCGUCGAGCUUUGCACUUCGUCUUCAAAGUGGGAAACCGCUUCCAGACCGCGCGUUUCUUUCGCGAUGUCCUGGGGAUGAAGAUUCUGCGGCAUGAGGAAUUUGAAGAGGGCUGCAAAGCUGCCUGUAAUGGGUAUGACACCUUGUUUCUUAAAAUCUCCUUUAGGCUCUGAAUACCCUUGGAGAACAGAAGAAAGUUGUUUGAGGCCUUAUGAUGGGAAGUGGAGUAAGACAAUGGUGGGAUUUGGACCUGAGGAUGAUCAUUUUGUCGCAGAACUGACCUACAAUUAUGGCAUUGGACACUACAAGCUUGGCAAUGACUUCAUGGGAAUCACACUCGCUUCUAGCCAGGCUGUCAGCAAUGCCAGGAAGCUGGAGUGGCCACUCAAUGAAGUUACAGAAGGUGUUUUUGAAAUCAAGGCCCCAGGAGGAUAUAAGUUCUAUUUGCAGAAUCACAACCCACCUCAGUCAGAUCCUAUAUUAAAAGUAACUCUAGCAGUGUCUGAUCUUAAGAAGUCCUUGAACUACUGGUCUAAUCUACUGGGAAUGAAAAUUUAUGAAAAAAAUGAGGAGAAGCAAAGGGCUUUGCUGGGCUAUGCUGAUAACCAGUGUAAGCUGGAGCUGCAGGGUAUCAAGGGUAGAGUUGAUCAUGCAGCAGCUUUUGGAAGAAUUGCCUUUUCUUGCCCCGAGAAAGAGUUACCAGACUUAGAAGACUUGAUGAAAAGAGAGAACCAGAAGAUUCUGACUCCUCUGGUGAGUCUGGAUACGCCAGGGAAGGCAACGGUACAAGUGGUCAUUCUGGCUGACCCUGAUGGACAUGAAAUUUGCUUUGUGGGGGAUGAAGCAUUUCGAAAACUUUCUAAGAUGGAUCCGGAGGGAGGCAAAUUGUUGGAUGACGCAAUGGCGGCAGAUAAAAGUGAUGAAUGGUUUGCUAGACACAAGAAACCAAAGGCUUCGGGGUAACAGAGGACAUGAUGUGGAACAAGCAUUUGUGAUUCCUGUCUGGCACUUGCAAGGCUGAUGUGUCCAUGCAUGAAUAAGACCCUCACACCUUGCUUGUUUCCUGUACCAGCAAGGAGGCUGGGGUGGUAAAAAUCUGUGUGUCUUAAUCUUUGAAAGCGCUAAGAUAUAUUUUAGAAAUAAAAUCCUAUAGUCUAUCCAGUUAGAGGAGAACUGUUGCUGUGAUCAGCACUGUUCUUGGAAUGGCACAUUCUUUGUGUAACUCUAUUAGAUUAGUCAUAAAUUAUUUU